AUGAUCAUGGCGGUGUACACACAGAGAGAGGCUGAUAUUGUACUUUCUGAUGUGCAUGUUUCUUUAUCAUAUUCUGAGAAUAUCAGCAAGGGAAAGGACUCCUACUCCUGCAUAGCAGAGACAUGGCUCACAAGGUUUUAUUUUCACCUACCACAGACUUGCAAAACAGCACCACAACCAUCGCCAACAUUACAAACUGGCAGUCUGGGCUGCAUAUUGGAUAAUGACUGCUCAUCUAGUCCUACAACACAUAUAAAAUUGGCAUGUGACACACUAGAGAAGCCAUCACCACUACUAGAUGAUGAUGGUGACUGCAUACUUCUUAGGAGAGGAUCACAGAAACUGUUUCCAGAUGGUUCAAAAAGCAGUUUUCAACACCAGAUGACUUCUGGUGUAGAUCAAGAAAUCCAUCCCGUCCCACCUGUUUUGUUACCAGUCUGUGAAACUACUUCUUGCUUGUUGGUGAAAGACCUUCCAGCAUUAUGUGUCAAUGGAGGCAGAACUCUUGUGGGAGCAAAGCCAGAAAACUUGCUGUGCAGUGUUUCAGAUGCUAAUGAUAUAAACUCACCUAAUGGAAUUUCUUACUGUACUGAAGAUAUGUCAGUUUGUAACAGUUUUCAUGGUACUUUAGAUAAAAACUGUCUAGAAUUGGAUGGAAAUAAAAGUAUAAUUCUUAAGAGAAGACAUGCAAAUACAGCAAAUCAGAAUAUUUUAAAAGAAGGUAAUGAUAAUGAGGUAUUUCCAUUAAGCCAGGAAAGGGAUCAGAGUAUAUUUAAUUUGUCAACAGACAGGAAUUGUGUUAGUUCUCCAUCAGUGAUUGGUCCACUCUCUGAUUGUGGUUUUCUGUCUGUGCAAGAAACUCAGAGCAAACUGUUGAAAAGUCAUACUACAAUAUGUGAGACUGAUACAAGCAAAGGUACAAAUACUGAGCACUGUAAAAACUUCUUGGAGCAGCCUGACCCUUUACACCAAAAACUUGCAUCAUCUAUUCAUGGGUUUCAUGCUUGUGAAGAAGAUAACAAAGGUUGGUCCUGUCAAGUAAAAUCAGAAAUGGCAGCACAUUGCCUCUCACUAAAUCGGGCACAAUUAGGCCAGGAUUUUAAUGAGUCAUUGAAUGGCAAGAAACUUAAAUCUGCACAGUGUGAGUCACUGAAUAAAAUCCCUCAUUGUAAUAGUGUCAAUUUUUCAGUAAGUGAAAUAAAAACACUUGGCAAUAUCUCAAAUCAAGAACAUUUUCAGAAAGAAGAGAAGAUGAUUCCUGGCGUUAUUACUCUUGAGCACAGUAUGGGAACUUCUAUUCCUGAAGUUGGAUACCAGGUCUGGUCUGGGGCCUUACUGUUGUGCGAUUACCUCCUUCAUAAUUGUGCAGAACUUGAUAAAGCCGUAGUUCUUGACCUUGGGACUGGCACAGGCAUUGCUGCCAUUGUUGCUGCCAUGUUUGCUCCAAGAGUGUUGUCUACAGAUUAUUUGCCAGGUGUUGUUGGCUUAGCAGAAAGAAACUGGGAGAGGAACAAAGACCUUCUACCUCUCAGGGCCUGUGAUCAGAUGUGCUUCAAAAUCUUGGACUGGACAAGGGAAUGGAGAUCUCUUGAUUCUGCCCCAGAAAGUAAGUACAGCUUCACAUCUUCUGACCUCAAGCUGAUUGAUGAGGCCACGCUUAUUUUAGCAGCUGAAGCAAUAUAUGAUGAUGAAUUGACAGAUGGACUGUUUACAACAAUCUACAAUCUUCUGAUGAAACCUCCGUCCAAAACUGUAGUCCUCACAUUAGAGAGACGAGUAAUAUUCAGUGUUGAAAACAAAGAUGUGUGUAGUCCAGCCUAUGAGCACUUUCUGGCAAAUUUGGAAGACCUUGUUACAGUUGAUGAGGGUCCGGUUAGCUUCACAGCCAAGAAAUAUAGCGCUGACCUUCCUCAGUUUUUUCACUAUCAGAGAGUCAAAGAAUUGGAGCUUUGGAAAAUUUCUUCACAAGUAUCGUGA